GUCUGUUUUGUGUGUUUCAGCCAACUCAACACAAAUGUAUUACUACAAGCUGACAAUAGAUAACAACGCAAUUGGAAAUAUAACUGAGAUACUGACAUCUAUCAGUUACGACUCAGUCCAAGUUGACAACAUUCAAAAGACAACGAUCUGUGAGACUGACAAGGAGAAGAAGUGUACCUGCAAGUCAGGCCACAAAUGGAGUAAUAAAGUUUGUGAGACUAAUGCAAAGUGUUGUGGCAACAACGAAUGCACCUUCUCCGAAAACUCGACUCACAUGUGUGUUUCAAACAACACAGUUACAAUAACAGGAUCUGUUACUAUAAAGGGAGUGGCGUAUGAAAGCUGUCUGGCAGACAAAGGGUCUCAGGAUUAUAUGUCUUGUAAUGACAAAUUGUUAAACAGGAUGAAAGAAGUGUACAGCACUUUGGAGGGAUUUGACAUCUUAAAAAUUUCCAAAUACCGUGUUGGAAGCAUCAUUGUAGACUUUGAAAUGACCAUUGUCUCUGACAUCAAGCCACAAGAUCUGAUUGACAGAUCAGAAAACCUGGCCAAAAAUCUGACAGCCUCACUUAAACUGGAAACUACAGGUGUUCUCCAUUUAAGUAUGCCAGAUAACCCUGUGAAAUAUGACUCCAAUCACAAACUCAAAUGCACAUCACAGGAGGAGUUUGAAGGUGUCUCUCCUGAGUGGACGCUGAAAAAUCAUGGCAAAGUAUCCAUCAUAACUAAUGGCACAGAGUCAGAGAUUACAUCAGUGCCACGUGAAACCACACUCAUCCUCAAAAACAUAACAGAAGUCUGGGAGGGAGAGUACACAUGUACCUACAAUCAAAAGAAUGAAUCAUUCACCAUAUCCCACAUAGCCAGAGCUGUGAUGGAUGUCUCCCUCUUGCCAAACAUUGACAUCACCACAGAUCCACCUUUUCCACUUUGUACGUCUGUAGAUGGUUUACUGAAUGUAAUAGGCAGAUGUGAGAUAAGGAAAAGUGAUGAAGCUUAUAAGGUGAACUGGACAAGCAGUAUCAUCAAAAGUGCAAUAACUCAAUCUAAACCUUUCAAUUCCUCUGAAGAAACAGUUGCUUAUGAAGCCAAGACAAUAGUUGGCUGCAACUCAUCUGUGCUACCGCUAACAUGCACAUUCGAGAACAGGCUCAACCAAACCAGAGAAGCUACAGUCAAUAUCAACAUCAUUCGUGUUGGUGAGAAGUACUGUGAAGCUGAAGGUGACUGGAAAGUCACCAAAGUUGGAUACACUGCAAUGAUAAACUGCAUUAACGCAGAUGGAAAAAGACUAAGGCAAUGCACAGGCACUGAGAUGAAGGGAAAAUGGGAAGAGGAGUCGUCAGACUGUGUGAAUUGGGAAUUGAGUAGUGUGCUGCAAAGUGCAAACAUUGUGGAUAUCGGACUUGGCAUACUGGAUGAAAAUGCUGCACUUGUAUUUUCCCGCCUUGAGAAUGUCACUAAUAACACAAAUACUAUCAAUAGUUACGCCAACAUGAAUGCAUCCGUUCAAGUACUCUCGACCUUGGGUAACAAGCUAAAUAACAUAAAUAAUGACUCAACAGUGAAUGAUGUCCUGGAAUCAUCCAGUAAUUUGCUGGAAAAGUCUCUUCAAAAUUCUUGGACAAGAAAAACCAAUGAGGGCAAUUUGUCAUUGGCUGAGAUAUAUCUGAGCUCUGUUGAGAAAUUAAUCAAGGUGACAAACCUAACAGAAGGAAAGAAAAAAACAAAUAUCGAGGUAGAAACAUUCAAUAACACAGACUCGAGAUGUACCAACAUUGUGUUCAAUGUCACAGUCAAGCUUUGUGAUGGAAUAAAAGGCGUUGUAAAAACAGCCGGAUUUCAACAACUCCAGUUGUACUUGCCCCACAAAAAUGACACAGACCAGCUUAACAGCAUUGUUGUUUCAACAACUACUGAAGAGGAAGAGAAUCCAGUUGAGGUUAGAAUUAAAUUCCCACUGAUCAGUCCGAGGCCUCGCAAUGUUAUGAUGCGUUGUGUCUAUUGGGACAACAAGACCAGAGACUGGUCAUCAGAGGGAUGUAGAUGGGAGCAUUCUUCUAAUAAUGAUACUGAGGGAGAAUGUAUUUGCAAUCAUUUGUCCUCAUUUGCCAUUCUAAUGGCUAAGUAUCCAGUGGAGAUUCCUGGGAUGAAUGAGAUAACAAUCGUGGGUCUGUCUAUAUCAGUCCUGUCUCUAAUCCUCAGUCUCUUGAUAGAGCUGACCGUCUGGAGUGCUGUGGUUAAAACCCACACUUUGUAUUUACGCCACACUGCUCACGUUAACAUUUCUCUGUGCUUGCUGGUUGCAGAUUGCUGUUUUUUAGCAUCUUCUGAGCCAAGUGAGCUUCCACUAAUCUGGUGUCAGACCUUUGUGGUGUUGAAGCAUUUUUGCUACCUGGCCAUGUUCUUUUGGAUGUUGUGUCUGAGCAUCACACUUCUUCAUCAAGCAGUUUUUCUGUUCCAUAGUGUGAGCAAGAAAAACUACCUGAGGUUCUCAUUAGUCCUGGGCUAUGUAUGUCCUUUGCUUAUUGUUACCAUCACAUUCCUCACCAACAAGGGCGGUGCUGAAGGGGCCUACUUCACCCAUGACACCUGUUGGCUGGUUUACUCUGGACUUUUACAGGGGUCCAUUCACACAUUCCUCAUACCAGUCGGUAUAAUUGUUUUUGUCAACGUGUUCUCCAUGCUGGUGGUCAUCAUGAAGCUUUUGAAUCACCCUAAGAAUGCGGACAAAUCUCAGGAAAACGAAAAAGCAGCUGCCAAAACUGUCAUGAGGUCAGUUGUUCUUCUGACUCCAAUCUUCGGGAUCACUUGGGUUUUCGGGUUUGGUGUAACACUGCUUGACCUGACGUAUGGAAACUUGGCCUAUGCAGUCAAUUACGCCUUUACCCUGCUGAACGCAUUCCAGGGUUUGUUCAUUUUGUUAACCACAUGCCUGGGAGACAAGCUGACCCGUGAAGCGCUGCUGAAACGUCUCAAGAAAAGUGCUCCGGCAUCCAUCAGUGACAGCACCACAAAGUUAGAGUCAACGUGGAAGAAGUGAACAUCGUCUCUAACAUUUGCACUUUUAACUCAAAGCAAACUACAUUUUACACAUAAAACCACUGAUAAGAGAGUAAGCU